AUUUACAUUUACCUGUCACUGUCAUUUCUUAAUGAAAAAUGUCCAAUUGAAUUGAAAACUUCCGUUUUUAAAUGGAAUAAAUUCAUUUCAAUGGACUAUAUACCUUCAUUCAAACAAUAUCAACAUCCUCGUCACGUAGCACCAAGAUAAAAUGUUUUUAAAAACGGAAAUAUUUAAGGCUAUUUCAUUCAGAAAACCCGUAACACUACCUUUAUCGUAUUGGUUGUUAGUGGUUACAAGAUUUGUUUUAACUUUACUACCGCAGUUGGGCUACAUACAUCCUGAUGAAUUCUUUCAAAAUGUGGAAGUUAUUGCCGGUGAUAUCUUCACAAUUGAUGUUGCUAGAACAUGGGAGUUCAAUCCUAAGUUUCCAAUCAGAAAUAUGUUUGUACCAAAGAUGAUUCUUGGAUUGCCGCUACUUUUCAUAAAAGUCUUGAAUCCAUACACAAAAGCCUAUUUUAACAUUGAUUUACAAACUCCAUAUUACUUGUUGACUAUACCUAGACUCUUUAUCUGUCUUCUUUCUCUGGUAAAUGAUUAUUGUUUGUACAAAAUAUGUGUUCUAUAUGGUCAAAAUUUUAGGAAUAGACUAAAAAUAUUUGCAAGUUCUUAUGUGGUAUUUGUCUAUUGUUGUAGAAGUUUUUCCAAUACAUUUGAAAUGAUAUUCUUCUCCUUACUACUUCUAUUAGUUGCCGAAUGUAUGUAUAAAUCAGAUAAAGUUAUCUAUCAUGAUGAAUUCCUGACUGAGAAAUAUAAACAGGCAGAAACUCCAGUGGAGAAAGUAAAAAUUUUUAAACUUAAAACACAUUUGCCUGAACAUUCCUUAAAUAGGGUAUUUAUUCUUGCAAGUUUAGUUGUAAUUGGUAUAUUUAACCGUCCAACAUUUAUUUGUUUUGCUUUCGCUCCAGUUUUCUUCUGGUUGCAUAGAGGAUUAGGAUCUAAAGUUGUUAGUUUUAAAGAUUUUCAUUUUAGAAUAUUCACAUUCAUGUUUUGUGGUGUACCGAUGGCACUAAUACUUAUAUUAGUUGAUUCUUGUUACUAUGGUUACCUGACAAGUGCAGAGGUGGAAUCUCUGAAGCUAUCGUGGGACAAUUGGGUUGUUACUCCGUUAAACUUCCUCAGAUAUAACAUGGAUACAAGGAAUCUCAAGGAACAUGGGUUACAUCCCCAUUGGCUUCAUUUGGUUGUCAACAUACCCCUGUUAUUCAAUGUUUUGGGAAUAAUUGCGUUCAUCACUCUGUCUGGCAAUGCUUACAGGUUCAUUCGUGGACAGUAUAGUAAAUUGCCAAGAAUACAAAGUAUUACAGGACUCAUGUUAUUCUCUUUAGUAACUCCUGUGGCAUUGUUAUCCCUCAUCCCACACCAAGAGGCAAGGUUUAUCAUCCCCGUUUUAAUUCCCCUAAUUUACCUGUACGGGAAUCAUCUUCAUCCUAACGAAUCUGAUACAACGAUGAAGCGAAGACUAAAGAAUACUCUAUGUUAUACUUGGUAUAUAGUAAACAUUUUGCUUACUAUAUUUUUCGGUUUUAUACAUCAAGGUGGAAUCAUUCCGUUCACCAAUACCUUGCAUAAAGAAAUAAAAAGUUACUAUGGUGUGCAUACUCAUGUUAUUACAACACACAGCUACAGUAUCCCUAGUUAUUUAUUACAAUUGGAAAGUACAACAAAAAUAUGGAAAGAUAAAAAAACAGGUCGCAAGUAUAGAUUGACUCCGACAACAUUCAUUAAUAAAUAUGGGUCCUUACCAAUACAGGAUUUGUUUGAAAAAAUAGAUGACGUUUUAACUGAUGCUGAAAGAUUGUUACAUAAAUAUAAAAGGCAGUAUAGAUUUUAUAUCGCAUCUCCUUGCUCUUUGGAAAAGGAAAUUCGAGAUGUCUCUAGAAUGUACACUUAUAUUGAUAUUGAACAUGAAUUUUCUUACUAUCCGCACUUUUGUACGGAAGCGUUCCCGAAAUUUCCAAAUAAUAGGGAUCAGUUCUGUUUUGAAAGCAAUCUCUUAAGAAAAAAUGAAUCUCAGGUUGUUGAUUUAGACAUUUUCCAACGAAUUUCGUGUUUCCUAAAAAGAUUUUGUCUUAGAAUUUAUCGCGUAAGGCCUUCAAACUACAAGAUAUAAUUCACCGCCUUUAUCGUAUUAAGUAUUUUAAAAUAUAAUGAUAUUAUUCAAGAUCUGAAAUAAAAGACAUGUUGAGAGUGCGCUUUACACGCAUUUUGUAUUUAGUUUGUACGUAUUAUGGUAUGUUACAUUAAAUUGCUCAAUUGUUUUUUUUUUUGUUAUGGUUAUCAGUUUUUAAUUGUAAGUGCCAUUUUUUUGUUUUACAUAGUAUUAGUCAUUUUCAGUGAUUAGUUUUAUUUGGGAAAACAUGUAAAAUAUUAGAAACAAGCAUCUUGAAGAGUCUCGAGUAACGAAUUAGUAACUCUUAAUAGUUGAUUUUAUAUUAAAUACUGUGUAAUGUAUUUACAUAAAAAAAUAUUUUGUAUUUGUAAACAGAGAAUCUCAUCACUUAAUAUGAAAAAAAAUGAAAUUGUGAAUUAAGAAAAUUCGUACUGAGUUUUUGCGGUUACUGUUAUAUAUUGCAUUGCAGAGUAAUUGUUUUAAAUUCAACCUUUAUAAAUUCAAUAAAUGUAAUAAACACAUUGCCACAAGUAAUAUUUUAUACAAUUUUUAAUUUCAAAUUGUGCAGCUAAAUUUUGCAUAAAUCUUGUACACGAUGAUUGGAAAGUAUUUCAAACCUUGUGAUUGCUUUGCAUAUGAAUAAAUAAUAUCAUAUUAUGUACAAUAAA